UCGAAAGCGAGAAAAAUCACCAGACUGAUGAAAGUUCCAACCUGGCAUUCAUCCGUGUGUUUUGAGUCGCGAGUGCAGGAAAGGAAAAUUUCUGGUGCAAAAUCGGAAUAUUUUCGGUAAUUCCCACCCGAAAAUCUGUGCGGUAUUCGUGGCGUGUGUGAUUCGUGCGUGCAAUUCGAGAGUGUAUUCGUCCUCCCCUUGGAAGCAGAUUCCGGAGUGCCGUUAUUUUCGUUGUUUGAUUUUUGUGCAUUGUAACCAUCCAGAGUUGUACGAUUGGAACCAGCCAGUUGUUGAACCCGUUUAUACAAGCACCUACUUCAACCGACUGGGUGAAGCCAAGCCAAGUGCAAGUGCAGACGAUGAAAAUGGAAGAAGUGUAAUCGAUGCAUACCAUCAUCAAGUAACCGACAACAAGGAAACUAGUGUUAGUCCAAAUACAGGGGUAUUUCAGGCAAAGCAGUAUCACUAUCACGCUAGAAAAAUGGCAGAGCCAUUUUCAGCCUCAACAGCAUUUACCAACAAUAACAACAACGAUGGUUGGGGAGACGAUUGGGGCGAUUGGGGAGAGAACACCAAUUCGUUCCCUCAGCAGAAAGCUGCGCCUUCACAGCAACAUCAACAGCAAGUAGCUCCGCCCAAACCCAACAUGAACACCACCCAGUACUUCCACACCCAGCAACAACAGCAGUAUCCGCCGCAACAAGUGCAUUUGGAUCAGAACAAUCAAAACUUCAUGCCCAACCCAGUUCAAUCCGCUGGUCUUCAACAACCGGUGUAUAUGAACUACUCUGCCCCUACCGCUUCAAUACAACAACAGCAACCGCAACAACCCUUUCAGCCAACAUACCAACAUCAUCCCUAUCCUCAACAGCAUCCACCGUACACGCAACCUCCAGCAUCAAACAAUUACUUCAACCAGCCACCGCAGAGACCUCCAUCGCAUCCCCCGGCUUCGGUGACCCCACAGCUUCCCCAACAUUCGGUCCCAUCGUUCAACCAAUCCAUCUCUGAUAGCUUCAACGCCAGUCCCAACGAUAACUGGAACUGGAACAUUUCGGAUAACCAGCCAGCUAUUAGUCCAAAACCACAACACGUAGAAGCUCAACCGCAACCGCAUGUGUUUCAGGACACCUACCAUCAUCAACAGAGUUAUGCACAGCAGAAUGCUGCUCCGCAGAAUACUUUCAGUUUACCUGGUGCUGCAAACAAUACUCAGCUGCCGCAGGCUAAGGUUCAGCCUGCCCAGCUAACUCGGCUAAAGAAUGAAACUCUGUCGCCGCAGUGGUCCAUCGAGAGCCAAGUCUCGCAAACGUCCAGUGAUCGUUCCAUUGAGAGUGGCGAGAUCGGCGAAAGUAGAAGUUCCAACACCGGGCCAUCAGACGAUGGUUCCUCCGGUAGACACCAAUCUAAACAUCAGGUUGAAAACUACGAAAACAUUGGCUACGAACAGCAAUACCCAGUCCAUGCUGAAAUUCCGGAUGAAUUGGACGUGGCAUUGAACUCGUUGAGCAUCAAACAGGAGCCCCAAGUGGAAGCGGAGCCAAAAACACAAAAUAACUACAGGGAGUCUUCUUUCCCUCCACCUCCGCCUUCAAUAGCCAGCAGCAAUCAACAAGCUGAUGGCGGCUCUUUGCCCCCCAAAUCGACUUCCAAGACUCCGCCAUUGCCACCGCCUCCUGUUGAAGUUGAUCAAAAAGCAUCUACAGAAAUUCAGUCUCCUCCGCAAGGUCCUCCACCAAGUCAAGGCCCACCUCCAUCACAAGGACCCCCACCUAUCCAGGGACCUCCAAAGGGUUCGGCCAACCCAUUCAAGCGCACCACACAACGCACCCACAUCGCUACUCCUGGAUUAGGGGUCACACAACCACCGGCACCAAAUCCAACCUUCUUCUACCAGCCGCAAGAGCUCCCGAAUGUGGAAAACCUUACCCCAGAAAAUCAAGAAAUUCCUGAUGCUCGCUUGGAAAACGUUGAAAACCUCGAGGUCGCUCCCAGUAACGACCGCAAUCAAUAUCUACAAACCGGACACCUCUCCGAAGAUGGCUACGCAACUUCUCAUCGCGCUGCGUCACACGACCCACAACUAGCCGAUGAUAGUCUCCCUCCACCGGGACUAUCCCGUUACGUGCCGGGCCAGCAGCAAUCCGAAAAUAAUCAACAACCACCCAGCCAUACCUAUCCUGAACCCCCGCCAGGUUUGGAUCGAAUGAUCCCCGGAACCGACCUGGAGAACGCAACCGAUCUCAACAUGGAACGCCAAGCCGAUGGCGAAGUGUCCGAUUCUGCCUCGAACCCAAACCCACGGCCAGCUUAUUCGUCUGCUGCACCCACCCAAGCUGAUCACCAUCAUCUGCACCACCAGGAAGAGGAAAUCAGUGAUCGCAAUCUGUAUUUGGUUCCAGGCGAAAGCGAUACCCAUCACAACCAGCAGCGCGUAAUUCCCGGCGUCGAAGACGAUCGACCACCGCAAAGUACGAGUGCCAGUAGCUAUUCGGCGCAACAUGCCCUCGAUAUUCCGAUCAACGAGCAACAGCGUGAGCUGGUUAUGGAUGGCGAGAACCCUCACGACCCCCCAACUCAGCCCCUUCACGUUGAAAUAAGUCGCGAUGAACCCAUCGAAGGAGGUAACACAGAUGAUGACAGUCCGGCGAUCGGCGGCAAUCCGGGAGCCACUGCCGUCAGCAUCGCAGAACCAGAAUCGAAUCCUGCCGCGGAAACACCACGCAAAGAUCCAUCCAACACCUCCACGGCGGACGAAAGCGACAAGGAGCGAUCGAUGUUCUACGGAGGGAAGGGUAAACCGACGCGGAGGGACGAAGAUCCGUUGCGACGGUCGAACAAAAGCAAGAGCUCGCGGGAUCGCUACGAUACGGAAGACUCGGACUACAGUGACCGGGACCGGCGACGGAGGGAAGGAAGUAAUGGAGUGGAACAUCGGGAACGGAGACGAGGCGAGCGGGAGAAAGAGAAGGAGAGGAGGAAGGAUGGCGGUAGGGACCGGGAGCGCGAUCGUGAUCGUGAUUACGACUAUCGGGAUAAGGACAGAAACAGAUACGAUCGCGAUCGGGAUCGCUACGGCCGAAGCAGCAAGUACGAUCGCGACAGUCGCUAUGAAACCGACGGGUCCAAGUACGAAACCGAACGAUCGACACGAUACGACAAAGAAGGCGAUGGCAGCAAACGGUACAUGUCACGCGAGGAGUACUACCGGAAACGGGACGAGCGGGAACGAGCAGGCGGUGAAGAUCGUCGCUAUCGUAAGGAGAAGGAACGCGAAAGAGGAGAUCGCUAUCGAGAUGAAAGAAGAAAAGACGAUCGCUAUCGUGAAGGACCGAGUGAUAAGAGACGCGAUCGUCAUGAUCGGCGCUACGAUUACGAAGAUUAUCGAGGAGCCAGUCGGAAUGGCACCGAACGGGAUCGUGAUCGCGAUCGUGUUCGUGAAAGUCGUGAACGCGAUGACCGAAAAGAACGUGAUCGAAAGUACCCAUCGUCCAACUAUGGUGCCCAAUAUAGCGCAGCAUCGGGAUAUUAUGAUCCCUACAGUUACUACACCCAGCAUCAGCAGUACUACGAGCAGUUGAGACGUACUAACCCUCAGGCAUACGCCGAGUGGUAUCGCACGUACUACAGUCAAAUGCAGGCAGCUCAGAUGCAGCGUGAUCUGUUGACCAGUGAUGGACGCGAGUCGGUGCAUUCGGGACGCAGUUCUGCCAACGAUAAAGAACGGUUUAAUCGCACGACACCGUUCCUCCAUCAGCCCGGCAUGUAUAAUCCGGACGACUAUCAUCGUCAUUUUAAUAAUCAAUCGCAACCAUCCGCCAUGCUCGACCAGAGCUUCCUCAGUGAAGUGUCCGGUCAACCGACGUCACUGCCAAUGUACCACCAUCAGCAGGCGAUGGCCACAUUCCAACAGCAGCAGCAACGGGCCACUCCGCUGGUCAUGGACAGGUCGUACCACACCGAUAGUGGAUAUUACCAGCCAAGGUUGGACAAUACGGAUGGCUCCCUGCGACAGGAACCGAGCACCAUAGCUAUGAUGGAACCGGAGCGGCUAACUCCACGUAAAUUCCCGGAAAUUCAUCCGAUCGUGAGCGUUUCUUGUGGAUUAUUGGUGACGGCGAAAAAUCGUCUGACCAUCAACGGUACCACCGACUUGGUGAAGAUUUGGAGUCUAGGCAUCAACGAACCAACACGUAAACUGUUCCAAUCGUAUCCUGGUCCUUUGGUCAAGGACAAGACUCAUAAGAAGUCGGUCAUUGAGUUCUGCGAGGAACAAUUGCGAAACGGUCCCAUGCCUGGGCUUGGACAAGCCCUUAUGAAGUCACGUGGCAAUUCGCUUAACAGUCUACACUCGUUGAACUCGAAUGUCAACCGUGGUUCCUAUAGCCUUCUGUGGAAUUAUAUAAUUCUACUGCUAAGGCAAAAUGGAACCUUCGUGGGGACUGAUAUCUCCGAGCUUCUGAUGCAGAACAAGGUGGAAUUUCCCUUCGAUUCUCAUCAGCCAAGUGUUCGAUCAGCAAACGUAAGCGGAAGGAAUUCCUCGCUGUCGAAUAUAGAUCGGUCAACGCGGGAACAUCAUGGUGAUGGUCAUGGCGAUGAAGAUAUUGCAGAACCUUCGGAUUUUGCUGACGUUUCAGUGGAACCCGAACAGCAACCAGUCGAAGUAAAGAAAGAGCAGCUUAGCGAAUUGGAGAUUACCGACAAAUUUAGGAAUUAUCUUAUCUACGGCAACAUAAGUGAUGCCCUUGAGUGGGCUACAGAGAACAACCUCUGGGGACACGCAUUGUUUUUGGCGUCGAAGGUCGACUCCCGGCAGCAUGCCAACGUGAUGAUGAAGUUCGCCAACAAACUGACCUUGAACGAUCCACUGCAAACGCUGUACCAGUUGCUCAGUGGACGAACUCCUUCGGCUGUGACUUGCGUGCUGGACGAGAAGUGGGGUGACUGGCGGCCACAUUUGGCUAUGCUAAUGUCCAACAGCUCCGCCAAGCCAGAGUUGAUCAAAAAAUCCAUAACUACGUUGGGUGAUUCGCUGUACAACCGCGGCGACUUGUAUGCGGCUCACUUCUGCUAUCUGCUGUCGGAUGUCAGCUUUGGAAAGUUCGCCGAUGUCAAGCCAGAAUGUGGUUCGACCAUCAACGCAAAUACUGUGGUGCGGUUGAUCUUACUUGGUUCCACACAUCUGCAGCGAAGCUUCAAGGAGUUCUCCACGAAUGAAUCUAUCAUGAUGACCGAAAUCUACGAGUAUGCCCGUUCGUUGAACGAAGAGCGAUACUCUAUCACAGAAUUGCAGGUCUACAAAUAUCUGUUGGCAAGCCGUAUGCUAGAUCAUGGAAUGCAGCUCAAAUGUUUGCUGUAUAUGGAACAAAUCGCCGAGCAAAUACAGCAGGAUCCCUACCGAUUUGAUUCUGAAUUCAUCAAAAAGGUUUAUACACUUGGCGAUCGUUUGAAAUUUUACGAUCCUGUGCUGGAGAAAGCCCUGGACGAAUCCGUGGAUAACAACGGCCAGGGGAAUAUCUACGCAAACGUUGAAGACCCGGCUUGGCUGCAGCGGUUAAGUGCAAUACUUACAAACUAUAAUGCAGCAAAUGCUUCCAACUACGUUGCUGCAGCAUCAUAUGAUGGUUCGGCUGACUACAGCAACUACAAUAACUAUUCCGAAUAUAGUGGUGAUCAAGUGACUGUACAGCAACCACUGACUGCCAAUCCAGAGUCAGCUGUAAGCAUGGACGCUACCGAAAUUAACAAAGAAUUCACUGAAAUCAAUCAACAGCUUGGUCGCUUGAACCUGCAGUACAUGGAAGGGUUCGAUCCGAAUCAACAACAACAACAAACGCCAACGCAUCAAUACGAUCACCAGAUGGCAGCACCGAGCUAUGAUCAAGGAUAUGACUCCAUUAAUCAGUCAUCUCUACAGGAUGAAUCCCAUUUACAUCAACAACAGCAGCAGCAGCAACAACAGCAGCAGCAGCAACAACAGCAACAACAAGCACCUCAAGAUACCUACGAUCAGCAUCAACAACAGCAGCCCUCAUACGGAUAUUCUUAUGAUGGCUCAUCCGGACAACCCAGCAUGUUCACUCCCGCUCCAAUGGCGAAUCAGGAACCUCAACAGCCAAGUCCUUACGACUAUUGGAACCCCAAUGCCGAGCCGGGUUCGAAACGAGUCGCGUCCGUGUCCACUAGACAGCAGCAGGGUGCAUCCCCUGCGCGCUCGGGUUUAACCACCGCCGCCGAAACCAUACCCGAGCACGACGAUAAAUCGCUAGAUACACCCUACUCCUCGUCACCAGUACCGCCCGGACAAAACGACGGUUCGCACCCAGCUGCGCCAUCGUCGAACUCAUCGCAACCGACGCCAGCUAGUAGAGACUAUGGCGGAGGUUUGGCUGCGGGCGGUGCUGGUCUCAACUACAUGCCAAAACCAUCCAUUUCGAUGCCGAAUGCCGUGUCCAAUCGGCCUGGAUUCGACGACGACAACGCCAGCGCCAACGCUUCGCCGCAACAUCAGACACAAGCGCAUCAGCAACAAUCCGGACAGAAGGGCGCUGGCUCUUCCAAGGCGGCCAACGAUAACGGUAAAAAGGCUGCCCCUGGGAAGGAUGCCAAAGCGGGCGCCAAUGCUCAAAGCUCUGGCUGGUUUUCGUGGUUCAAAUUGAAACCAAAGAAUCAAAUGAUUCUGCCUGAUGAUAAGAAUCCAACCAUCGUAUGGGAUCCAGACAAGAAACGCUGGGUCAACACGGAAGGAGAGGACGCCGGCGAGGAAGCAUUUAAGCCUCCUCCAAAAAUGGCUGACCUAAUGCCGACUCCGGUUGGCCCUCCGCAAGCACCCGCAGCCGUUCCGAAUAUACCAACUCCACAACCCGUGGCUGGUUUUCCACCGGGACAAAUGCCGAGUGGUGCAAACUACGGACCGGCAGCUUCAUUGCAUGCUGACCCUAAUGGUCAACCUUCAGUUGCCCAGAUGCAGCCAACGGGAGGUCAAGUGCCAGCAGUAGCGAAUCCAAAGGUGGGGGAACCAACAAAGGUUCCGACACUGCAGUCCAAUAUGUUCAAAAUGCAGCGAAAUAGAACGUUGAAAAAAUCAUACGUUGAUGUGUUCAACCCGUCCGGAGCGGCACCGAGCCGACCAGCGGAACCAAUAUUAGCACCAGCCGUUCCGGCAAUGGCUACACCGCAGGGAGGUUUCUUCAUUCCUGGGGCAGCUCCGGUCGGUGGGCAACCUAACGACAGUGCAGCAGAGGGAAUGCCCAGUUUCUACAACCCCAAUCAGUUCCCCGGAGGAUAUCAACAGCAGUGAGGAGGGUCUGGGCGGGGGAAAAUAUUUAGUGAAAACAAACAACUACCUAAAAAUAUAAACUACCCAAGAGACUGCCGACAGUAAGUGGCAACAAUACUAAUAAAAUAUAGCUACUGUUAAAACCUUUGAGUCAACGCGUGCAAGUCAGUGAAACCUGUAAAAAAGGAAUGAUUAGAUCAAGCCUCUAUAGGAAAGAUUGUAAUAGAUAAAUAAAACAGUUUUUUUCAGCAGUAGGACGAAGAAAUGGUUGGAAACCAUUAUAUAUAAGACGACAACUUAUGCUUCGAUUUGUGUCGCUAAUUCGUGUUUGUCUAUUUUGUUUUUUUUUAUGUCGGGACAAAGGAAUGAAAGUAGUCAAAAUUAUUCGAUGUAAAUCAUUUGUCCCAUUUUGUAUAUGUUCAGAUAGUGUAUAUUAGUUAUGUCAGUUUUCAGUUUGUAGCUGUAAUAAUAAAUGUGUACAGAUUAUCGAUGCUGCUUAUUUUUACCGAUGAGAAAAUCAUAGUAACUAUUUUAGAAAAGAAACUAUUUUUUGGUUGAAUUUAUUUUUGCUUGCGGAUCGCUUCUAUUUUUUCGAGUAUAUUCUUAAAUAGGUUGAUUAAUUUUAGGCACAGUAUGCAAAUAUUCACUCUAUGUGCAUGAAAGUUCUUAAUAUGUACCAAUUUAGUAAUAUCGUAAAGGGUCAAUAUUUUAGACUUGUUAAAAUGUUUGAUUGCUCAUUUUUAGUUACUUUCGUUGUGUCACUGGUUGUAACAAGGUAGUAUUGCCUAACCGUAGCAUUACUGUUAUUGCUAAAAAAUGAAAUAGCUUCAACCUGAAGACACGAUGUGGCCAUGCUUUGAAAAAGCAUGCUUAUAUGAGUUAGAGAGGUUAUGUGAUAUGAUAUGUAUUUUAUUAUUUCAUGUUUAUUUCACCGCUAAUUUUUUUUCCUUUGUUUUGCAUUGGUACAUAGCAAAAUUAAUCAUUUAUUUUACACAGAAUAUUACACAAGAAAAAAGACAAAAUCUGAACACCUCGAAACAUUGAAAACGAAUGACACAUUCACAUGAGUCGGAUAGAUCAAGCAUACUUUACAGUAGGUAACGAGGAUCAUGUUUUCUAGUGAUUAAAAGCGAGAGUGAUGUAACAGGCAUAGCAUGGGAUGAAUUAGAUGAAACAAUGUAUGAUGUUUUUGCUAGUGAAAUGUCAAGUGUACUAUAUAGUAUAUUUGAAAAAAGUAUGUAUGAAGUUUCAAAUCAAAAUAAAGCAUCUAUUAUCCAUUAAAGAAA